AUGGCGAUCCUUGGUUUAGUGAAAGGCGUGCCUCUCUGGCUCAGCGCCUCGAUUGUGACAGCUUGCAAUGCAAUGGUCUUUGGGAUGGAUACCGGCACAAUAGGGCCGGUAACCACCAUGGACUCCUUUGUAAAAACAUUUGGCGAAUUCUCAUCGACCAUGCAUGGUGUGAUAGUCUCAUCCAUUCUACUACCGGGUGUUUUGGCAGCUCUCGUGGCUGGUAUCCUAGCUGAUCGCUAUGGACGGACCCGGAUGAUCGCCAUUGGCUCUGUGGUGUUUGGUCUCGGCGCAGUGGUGGAAGCUGCGUCGUCUCAGCUUGGCAUAUUUAUCGUUGGCCGACUGAUAAAAGGCGUUGGAGAGGGUAUCUUUUUGAGUACCGUGUACGUACACGUGUGUGAGAUUUCUCCAGCGAAGGUCAGAGGUAUCAUCGCCUCCAUUCCUCAAUUCAUGAUCACUCUCGGACUAGUAGCCGGGUUCUUCAUCUCUUAUGGAACCGCCAGUCUUCAGGGAUCGAUCAGCUGGCGUUUGCCUAUCGCAAUACAAGCAUUCCUGGCCUUUGCAAAUGCUGCGUUGUGCGGGCUAGUGCCUCCCAGUCCGCGCUGGCUGUUUGCCAAAGGCCGACCUGAGCAAGCAAGGACUAUCAUUGCGAUGCUUGGUUUGGAUGACGACGAGCAGGCUGAGCUCUUGACACUCGCUGUUUCAGGACUGGAACAUUCGCCGGACCUGUCGUUCUGGCAUAAUCUACGGCAGACGGCAAUCGAAUUUCGCGAGGCUUUCUCAAAACCCUUUCGUGCGCGCACCGUAUUCGGCUGUUUCAUAAUGGCGAUGCAACAGUUCAGCGGCAUUGAUGGGUACGCACCGAUCCUGCUGCAGCAAGCUGGCGUCUCCUCCAGCCAAGCCAGCUUUCUAGCCUCCGGUGUAUCCGCCCUUCUGAUCAUGGCUGUUACUGUGCCAGCAACGCUGUUCGCCGACCGAUGGGGCCGAAAAACAUCCACACUGGUGGGUGGCGCCUCAAUCUUCUUUCUCAUGCUUCUCAUGGGUUCCAUGUACGCCGCGGGCGAGGUGCACGCUGAUAGCGGUGCGGGAAGGUGGGUCGUCAUUGUCAGUAUCUACUUGUUCGCAUUGGUUUUCAAUGCGACGUGGGCAAUCGGCAUACGGGCCUUCUUGAUUGAGAGCCUACCGAGGAAGACUAGGAGCAGCGGAGCGAGUCUCGGUCAGGGGAGUAAUUGGCUCGCAAACUAUGUCGUGGCCCUGACGACGCCGGUAUUCAUUUCAUCGUCGUCCUUUGGGGCUUAUUACUUCUUCGCUUUCUGUUCGCUGUUCACCACCAUUGUGUGUGCUCUGUUCAUGUACGAAACGAAGGGCCACAGCCUGGAAGUAAUCGAGCAACGUUAUCUCGAACGUCAAGUGAGAAGCACGGGGCGUUGGAGACCGAGUAUCCAAGGAUUCAGAAUGAGGCGUAUCAGAGCAUCAGAAGGAUGA